UUUAUUAACUAAAUAACUCAAUAUGCGUUCAUCCUUAUUUUUGAUUAUUACUGCUGUACUAGCCGCCACUGUCUAUGCUUCUCCUUUACCUCAAGACGAUAGCAAGACUUUUUCACACCGAAGAAUUUCGGCUAAUCCAGAUGACUUGCUUUCUCACCAAAACUUCAAUGAAUUUAAUAUUGACAAGCAUUUUGUCCGUGGAAACAAAGAGGAAAGUGCUUUCAUAAAGAUUGAAGAAGGCAACGAAGGAUUGCUCAACGAAGCCUUUACAAAAGAGAACUAAACAUAUAGUGCUAUAACAAAUUCAAUCUCUUGAAUAAAUUUUCUUGUACAGAUGAUGUAUGAUACGGAAAAACCAAA